CGCCGGUGGCGGCGAUGGCGCGGCGGGUCAGCGCUACGGACGGCGGCCGUCGCGUGCUGCUGCAGUGGGCCGAUGGCACCACAUCGGCCUUCCCGGCCGUCUGGCUGCGGGACAACUGCCACUGCGCCCAGUGCUUCACCAGCGGCGCUAUCCACGUGCGCACGCUGCUUAUGGAGCACCUGGACGUCGACUGCACUGUCCAGGAGGUCAAGCUGGAGCAAGAGGGUGCCGAGGUGGCCAUGCGGUGGUCAGACGGCCACGCCGGUACGUUCUCGCCCGGCUGGCUGCGCCAGCGCGCCUUCGAGCCGGCACAGCGGGCGGCGCGUGGCGUCGUGUGUAGGCCGACGCUACAGCCGUGGGACGCCGCGCUGGCGGCCGACCUGCCGCGCCUGCCGUUCGUGCGCGUCAUGCAGGAGGACGCGGCGCUGCUGGAGGCGCUGCUCCACCUGGAGCGGUACGGCCUGGUGCUGCUGGAGGAAGCGCCCGCCCAGCCCGGACACGUGCGCCGCCUCUGCGAGCGCAUCGCCUUCAUGCGCACCACGCACUUCGGGGAGGAGUUCACUGUGCGGGUGAAGGUGGAUCCCACUAGCAUCGCAUACACCGCGCGCAACAUCGAGAUACAUACGGACGCCUGCUACUACGACUACAUGCCCGGUCUCCAGAUUCUGCACUUCAUUGUGCAGUACGAGGGCAAGGGCGGGGAGACGCAGCUGGCGGACGGCGCCCAGAUCUGCCGCGACCUUCGCCAGCAGGACCCGGACGCCUUCCAGCUCCUCACCACCGUCAAAGUCGACUUCAAGAACGUGACGAUGGGCGAAAACGGCAAACACCACUUCAAGCUGCUGCAGGCGCCCGUCAUCACGCUGGACUCGGAGGGCGAGUUGCAGUGUCUGCGCUUCACCACCUCGCAGCGCGACUCCUACUUCUCGGCGCCGAUCGAGCAGAUCGAGCCCUGGUACAAGGCCAUGAAGAAGCUCCUCAAUAUGUUCUACGACGACAAGUACAUUAUCAAACGGAAAAUGAAGGAGGGCGAUAUGAUCGUGUUCGACAACGUGCGCCUGGUACACGGCCGAGAGCCGCUGCUGGAGGGCGGCUGCGUCGGCGAACGACACCUGGAGGGCGGCUACCUCGACUGGGACGAGGUGCGCUCGCGGCGCCGCGUCCUUCAGGAGCGGCUGCAAGGCAACCCGUCUGGCUACGGCUUCUGAGCGACACGCGCUGCGACUACGGCAGACCACGCGGCCGUCCUGCGCGCGCUGCGGCGGC